CCCACCCCACCUCCGCGGCCGCAUGGACGAGGACGACGUGGGCGGCGGGGGCGACGCGUCGCCGCAGCACGCGGGCGACGGGGCGGUGGAGGCGGAGCGCGGGGGGGCGGGGGCGCUGGCGCCGCGGGACGUGGCCUCCUCGCCGACGAGCUCGCGGUCGGUGACGGAGACGGUGAACGGGUCGCACCGGUUCGUGAUCCAGGGCUACUCGCUGGCCAAGGGCAUGGGCGUGGGCAAGCACAUCGCCAGCGAGACCUUCACCGUCGGGGGGUACCAGUGGGCGAUCUACUUCUACCCCGACGGGAAGAACCCCGAGGACAACUCCGCCUACGUCUCCGUCUUCAUCGCGCUCGCCUCAGAGGGCACCGACGUGCGCGCCCUCUUCGAGCUCACCCUCCAGGACCAGAGCGGCAGGGGCAAGCACAAGGUGCACUCCCACUUCGACCGCUCCCUCGAGUCUGGGCCAUACACGCUCAAGUACCGCGGAUCCAUGUGGGGUUAUAAAAGGUUUUUCCGGCGUACUGCCCUUGAGACAUCGGACUUUCUUAAAGAUGAUUGCUUGAAGAUAAAUUGCACUGUGGGCGUUGUGACAUCAACCAUGGAUUACUCUAGGCCACAUUCAUUAGAGGUUCCGGAUUCUGACAUAGGCUACCAUUUUGGGACACUUUUGGACAGUCAGGAGGGUGCAGAUGUUAUUUUCAGUGUAGCAGGACAGAAGUUUCAUGCUCAUAAGUUAGUGUUGGCCGCCCGGUCUUCUUUUUUUAGAUCUGAAUUUUUUGAUCCUGAAUCAGAUGAAGAGAAGAAUGAGUCUGACACAAGUGACGAAAUCAGAGAGAUUGUCAUUGAUGACAUGGAGCCAAAAGUGUUUGAGGCUGUGCUUCAUUUUAUGUACAGGGACAAUCUUGUUAGUGAUGAGGAAUUGUCUGCUUCAAGCUCAGAUUGUUCUAUCUUUGAUACUUUGGCUGGGAAGUUGUUGGCUGCAGCAGACAAAUAUGAGUUGCCAAGGCUAAGAGUGCUAUGUGAAUCUUACUUGUGCAAGCAGAUUUCCGUGAACUCUGUGGCAACUACUCUAGCUCUGGCUGAUCAGUAUCAUGCUAUGGAGCUUAAGUCUGUUUGCCUAAAAUUUGCUGCUGAGAACCUUUCAGCUGUAAUCCGGACCGAAGGAUUCAGUUACCUCAAAGACAACUGCCCGUCGCUGCAGUCGGAGAUACUGAGGACAGUGGCAGGGUGCGAGGAAGAAUGCAGCAGCGGCGGGAAGAGCCAGAGCGUGUGGGGGCAGAUCUCGGACGGCGGCGACACCAGCGGGCGCAGAGUGAGACCGAGGGUCUGACAGCCGCCAGUGUGAGCACUGACUGUCUAAGCAAGCUGCCGCUGCCGUGUAAAUCAGGACAGCAUUUGAAUUUUGACAACUCUUCGAAUAAUAUCAUCUGAUUUUGUUGCACUGUUUUGUUCAUAAGUGUUAGUUGCAUAUGUACCGCCA